CUUUCUUUUCUUUGCUUUUGUGUGUGAUUGUUUUUCUUAGGUUGCGAAUGCUUUUCUUGGAAACUUGGUAUGAGCCUAGUUUAGCUAAUAAGGAAACUCUUAAAACCUCUUGACUUUGGAUGACCAAAAUGGCUAUAGAAUCUAGACAGCUGCAGAUAUUGUAUUGCCAAUUAAGUUCACCUAAUUACAUGAAAAACAAAUUCGGUUGAUUUUUCUUAUACUAGUCUUUUAGAGCAGUUUUGAGUUUUAUAUGCUGAAGGCAUUGAAAAUACACUCUGAUAAGGAAUCACUUGGGUGCAAUUCUUUUUUUUUUUUUUAAAUAACCGUGGUGUCUGGACCAGUUUACGCGUACCUCGAUUAAUGCCCCUUUGUAUGCAAUUGGCUGUACCAUUGUACUGUAUAAAAAACUUCCUGCUAUUGCCUUAUGUAUUUUCUCUAAGGAGUGUGGUUUGCUGUUGGAUUUGUGAAACAAUGAACAUAAGUUUUUGAAUGUUGGAACGUGGGGAAUCCUUAACAGGUGAGCUUAUCAAAUGGAUAUUAGAUGGUCAGACAAUUCAGACCUUUAUGCAUAUGUUCUACUUUAGAUGUCUCAAUGUCAGUCAUCUGUUAAUUUAUCGAUCGUCCUACUCUAGAUAAUGGUCUCACCAUGUCCCUAUUAUUAGAUGAACAAAAUGAAUAUAAUGAAUGAAGGGGCUAAUGCUAUUUAAAUUUUAUGAUAUAGGUUAAUUUUUAUUAAAAUAAUUUCUACUUCGGGUGAUUCAAAUGCAUGAUGUAUGUUAAUUUGCUAAUAGUGAAAAGUUGAUCCUAUGAGUUCAUGGAAAAUUUAAACUUUGCGGUGGAGACUGAUAUUCAGUUGUAUUCUUGUUUAUAGUUGGGAAUUUGAUUUUGUUCUGCCUGGUGAUUUAGGUGUAGUGGCUCAUUGAUAUAGUCAAUUGUGGGAGUUAAUUUCUGAUUUUGUUUGUGUUCUUACCUAAUUCUAAUGUUGCAUACUUAAUAUGGUGAGAAAGAUUAGUGGAGAGAAAGGGUGUGAUUUUCCUUGGAAGAAAGAGCUAAUAGAGAUCUGUGUCUUUAAGUGAAAAAUUGUAGGCCUUGUCAUGCAUUUAAUGUGAAGUCAUUAACAAGUAAGGUUAACAUGAAAAUGAAUAUAUCUCUAUUGAAAAGCUUUUUUGUGUGUCUUAAAUCUUGUUUGCUCCUAAUAUCAAGGAGGCUUAGCAUAUUAAAUAGGAGUACUACAUUGCACCGUGACCUCUAAAUAUUUUUUUGCUCUGUCUUGCAUCUGUGAGCUAAGGUGAGAAGCGCAAGAUUAGAGGGUCUUGAGGACAUUCCAACAUAAGUUUGCAAAUGCUUUGAUUACACAAAUUCAUGAAGCCCAAGCAAGUUGGGAAGCUAUAACAUCUUGUGGAACUAACUUGAUAGAAUACCUGUAAAGUUGACAACCUAUUCCACGAUGGACUUGAAAGCUAUAUCAUGGGUGGGAAACAUAUAUCAAAAGUUCGAAACUAUGUGUUUGGAGAUGGAAGAGGCUAUGUAUGAGGACACUGUUAAAUAUGUUGAGAAUCAGGUGAACACUGUUGGUACAAAUGUCAAGAGAUUCUGUUCUGAAGUGAUGCAAGAUGUUCAUCCUCAAUAUAAUAUUGAUCCUGUGAAAGUCGCAGCUGCUGACUUGUCUCUGAACCCUUAUGCUCACUAUGAAAUUGACAAGAAACUGAAAGCCAACCUCAAAGGAAGCGCCAGAGGAUUCAGUAACAAGUUAAAUGAUGACACUCAAGUAAUCAAGGGGAAAAGCAAAAGUCGAGGAGUCUAUAAACGUCAAAGUGGCGGAAUCAAAGAAAUUGUUAGAGACAGCCAUCCAGCUAAGAAGUCUGAUGCUAUCUGUCUCGCAGCAGGGGAUGUGAUCAAAUUAUCUUCAAGUGCUGAGGUUAGGGGUAGUUUUGGAAUGGCGGCGGAUCAUGUGACCCUGACUUCAGACCUGGCCUCAGGUAAAGGAUCUGACUCUGACUCUGGUGAAGCAGCAAGUAAAGUUUGCAAUCACAUUAUAGAAACUAAUGUGCCUGCAGCUGAUACUUCAAUUAAUUCUGCGGCUUCUGUUAUGACGUCAGUUGAAUCUGUUGGGAAAAAGCAAGAAGGUUCUGUAUUGGCAACAGAUACAUGUACAAAGGAGUUGGCUUAUAAUACAAGAUCGGAAAUUAGCAGUAAUGUUCAGAACAAUGAAUUAGCUAAUGAGGAGAUCAAUGAGUCCCAUGAAGAAAAAUCAGAUAAUUUGUCUUCUGCUAUGUCCAUGUAUGAAAGCAUUGAGUCAGAAUUGGAAAUCGUUGAGAAAUUUGACGAAUCCCACUUGGAGGAAACAUGUGUCCUGGUUGAAGAGGAGAGGAUACAUGUUCCCCAUGGUCCAGUCAAACAGAAGUCCUAUAAGAAGAAGCUUCGGGAAGCUUUCUCCACGAAAAAGAGGUUGACAAGGAAAGAGUAUGAACAACUUGGAGCACUAUAUGGAGAUCAACAGUUCAACCUAGAGGCUGAGGACAAGGUGAUGCCUGCUCUUUCCAUGAAUUCAAACACAAAAAUGUUGUCUGCUAAUGAUCAUCCUGAAUCUGAGUGGGAGAUUUUAUAGUUCUGAUGAUGCUGUAGAUAGUAUUGUUACUUUCCAAUCAAUCCAUGGCGUCCUAGAGAAACGAAGCUUGAAAGAUGACUCACCAACUGUUGAUAUUAUUAUCUGCUAUCCGCUUUAUAAAAUUGCAUAAAGUAUCAACAUCCGUUCCUCUAGUAGUGCUAGCCAGUAAAUAAUACGUAGUGGUACCUUGAAGAACCAAUCCUUAUAUGAGGUAUGGCCAUCUUGUAUCCAAUCUUGGCAUUUUCAUGAAUUAUAUAUAUAUGAAAACUUUUUACAGUGUUAAA